UUGAUCUCAGUCAGCUAUAAAGGCCUGCUUCCAUUCCCUCUCUCUCACUCUUCCUCCAUUUUUUUUUUCUUCUUCUUAAUUUCUUCUUUUGAAGAUGGGGAAGCGAGCUCCAGGCUAUGCUUCACUAGCCAAUGUGAAGUUUAUGAGCUCCUGCAGGGAGAAUAAGAAAACGAUUAUCAUAUCGCAUGGCUUCGGUUUGGACCAAUCCUGUUGGCGCCACAUCCUCCCCUCACUGCUCGAAAAUCACUACACGGUGGUGACCUACGACUUGGUCUUCUCUGCAGCAUCCACCCUUGAGGACUAUGCAGAUGACCUCAUCUCUCUCAUGGAUGAGUUCGAUCUCAAGAGCUCCUUCUUCCUCGGCCACUCCAUGUCCGCCAUGGUUGGUUGCUUGGCUUCCAUCAAAAGGCCAGAGUUCUUUCACCAUCUGAUCCUUCUCUGUGCUUCUCCUAGGUAUUUAAACUCAACCGAUUAUGAAGGAGGGUUCGAGGUGUCUGACAUUGAAGCAAUGUUGGAGAAUAUGGAGAAGGAUUUCCAAUCAUGGACUCAGGGUUUUGCUCCAGCUGCCUUAGGAACUGAGGACCCAAAUCUAUGCAAAGAGUUCCAGGACAGACUGUUGAGCAUGACUCCAGAGAUCGCCAUCACACUGGCGAGGUCAUUAUAUCUAGGCGAUCACAGGGACGCGCUGCACAAAGUAUCAGUACCAGCGACAAUCGUCCACACCCAAAACGACAUCGUCGUUCCCGUCUCCGUUGCUCGAUACAUCCAUGAAAACCUUGGUGGGGAGAGCUCGGUUGUGGCCAUUCCUGCGGCGGGUCACAUGCCCCAGCUCACUGCCCCAAAGUUGCUCAUCGACGCCCUUGCAAAGCUCUUGGGGACAUGUGAUCUAGAUCCAUGAAAAGUGGAACUGAACUGCUUCUUCUCCAUUGUUGCCGGUUGCCUGUGUUGCAGUUUGAAGUACUUGCUUGUAUAAGAACCCGUGAUCUUAUUUGGUAAUAUUGGUGGAGUUGCUCUCUGUGCUUUCUUGCUCUGGUGACCAAGAAUCUGCAGCGUUGUGCUUCUGUGAAUGUAAUUAAUGUGACUGUCAAACUAAAGUAUAGUGUAGUACAGUUCAGUAAGGUUUAUGCUGUUUAAUUCUUUGAAAAAUCUCAUUGCGGUUAUGUUGUAAAAUGUU